AAGCAUUGGGGAUCACGUGACACGAGAACAGCGGUCAAUAUGGCGACGUACAGGAGAGGGUAGGUUAGUUACAAGGACCUUCGUUGUUUCGGGUUUCUUUUGUCCACGGAGCGAGACGACAGUCGUUCUGCGUGCAGUAUUUGAUUCCUGCUGUGUGAUCGAGCUCUGAUGCGGCAGGAUGCCGGGGAAGAACGGCGACCAGUUCAAACCCGGAGACCUGGUAUUUGCCAAGAUGAAGGGCUUCCCUCACUGGCCCGCCAGGAUCUGUAAGUCAGACGAGGAGUACAAGAAGCGAGUCCCGGUCUUCUUUUAUGGAACCCAUCAGAUAGGCUACCUCCCGCCCGAGAACAUCGUCCCUUUCGUGGGAAACAAGAUGAAGUACGGCAGCGGCGUUCGCAUCAAAGGCUUCACUGAGGGCAUGUGGGAGAUCCAGAACACGCCCGGAAUCGGGAGUAAAAUCAAAGUACCGGGAAAGGCAAGCAUAGAGAGUACACCUGCCAAACCGCCUUCUGCAACCAAAGCAACACCUGCUAAACCAACAUCAGCAACCAAAUCUACACCUGCUAAACUGGCAUCUGCUUCUAAAACUGCAAGUGCUGCCACUAAAUCAGCUCCCAGCAGACCUGAUCCAGACAGUAAGCCAGCUGCUGACAGGAGACACACACUUACAGGCGAAAAGGAAGCUGCUGGAAAAACUGCCACACGAGCUUCAGCAAGACUGGCUCCAGAGCAAAGUGAAGAGUCCAAACAGGCUUCAACUCCUAAAGCUGCCCCCGCUGCAGGUGCUGCAGAGACUGUUGCAACUACACGAAGCAGAAGGGCAGCAAGCAGUAGCCCGGGAGGUACAGGAGGGAUUACAAGUGAAAGCACCACCCCAGCCAAAAAUAAGAAAGAGACAGCAGCAGUCAGAGCUUCAGUGGGUGAAACCACAGCAGCAAGUAAAGAUAAGGUUAAAAGCACCUCUGACACUCCAGCAAAGGAAGCCAAACCGGCUGAAGCCUCUGAUGAAAGUAAAGAAGCCGCAAGUCCGACCAGGACCAGGCGCCGAGCCGCGGAUUCAAAGAUUGAUGUGGAGCAGCAGAAGACGGCUCUGGCUGUGACGACUCCAGGUGGGAAGAAGAAGAAAAAGGAGGCGGUCGAGGAGGAGGAAGAAAGGAGAGAGAGCCGAGGAGUCAAGAGGAGAAAAGAGGAGGAGGUGCAGAAGAAAAAUCAGGAGGAGAAAGAGGAGGAAAAGGAAGAUGGCAAAGGAGGAAAGACAAGGAGAGAUGAGAAGGUGGAGCAGAAAAAAGCAAGUGAGGAGAAGAAGGAAGAGAGCCAAGGAGUGAAGAGGAGGAACGAGGAGGAGAUUCACAAGAAGAUGGAUCAGGAGAAGGAAAAGGAAGACAACAAAGGAGUCAAGAGGAGACGAGAGGAGAAGAAAGAUGAGGAGGUACAGAAGAAGGCAAAUGAGAAGAAGAAAGAGGACGGGGAAGAAAAGGAAGAGGGCCGAGAAGUCAAGAGGAAGAGAGAAGAGGAGGUGAAGAAGAAAAGCCAGGACAUCAGCGAAGGAAAGAAAGACGCAAUGACCAAAGAAAAGACGACGAAAGAGAGACGAUCAAAAAGGAACAAAGAGCAGGAGAAGGAAAUGGAGGAGGAAAGACGGGAAGUAGAGACAAGGCAAGCUGAGAAGGAGGAGAAGAAAGACGAGAAGACAAGGAGAGAAAGGAGCGUGGAGGCCAGAGAGAUGAGGAGGACGAGGGAAAAGGAGGCACAGCAGCAAACAAAGGAGGACACUUCAGAAGAAAAGAGAGAUUUAAGGAGAGGAGGGGAGGAGGAAAAGGAGAAGAAGAAGGUGGAAGAGGAGAAGACAAAGAGAGAGAGGAGCACAGAGGCCAGAGAAACGAGAAGGACGAGGGAAAAGGAGGCAGAACAGCAAACCAGGAAGGAUGCUCCUGAAGCAAAGAGAGAUUUACAAAGAGAAGGGGAGGAGGAAAAGGAGAAGAAGGUGGAAGAGGAGAAGACUAGGAGGGAAAGGAGCGCAGAGGCUAGAGAAACAAGGAGGACGAGGGAAAAGGAGGCGCAGCAGAAAAUGAAAGACAUUUCAGAAGAGAAGAAUGACGUGAGAAGUAAAGAGGAGGAAAAGGAGAAGAAGAAGGUGGAAGAGGAGAAGACGAGGAGGGAAAGGAGCACGGAGGCUAGAGAAACGAGAAGGACGGGAGAAAAGGAGGCGCAGCAGAAAAGGAAGGACAUUUCAGAAGAAAAGAAAGAGGUGAGAAGUAAAGAGGAGGAAAAGGAGAAGAAGAAGGUGGAAGAGGAGCAGAAGGAGAAAACGGAAAGGAGAGGUGCUGCUUCAAACGAUGAGCGACAGCGCCACCUGGCUGCCAAGAGGGAGAGCGUGUUAAAGUCUCUGAGGGGUCUGCUGAGGGCCGGGAGAGGAGCGAGGAGGAGGGAGGCGAUGAAGAGCGUUCAGAGAAGCAGCGAUGGAGUGAAGAAGAGGAGAGCUGGAAGUCCGACAAGGAGCAAGAAGGAGUCGGCCGCAGCCAUGAAAACGUCAGAGAAGAAGAAAGAAGGCUCCAAGAAGGAGGGGGGAAAAAUAUCGGAGAAGACACGGGAAAUAGAAAAGGCAGAAAAAGCGAGAGACGUGGAGAAGAAGAAGAGCGAUGAAGAAAAGAAGGACGAGAGAAAAAUAAUUGGAAAGAUCGUCAAGGCAACAGCCAAGCAGGGGACAAAAGUCCAGGUGAAGACAAUGAUGGGAGGAACGGCCAUGAAGGAAGAGGACAAGCUGGGAGGAACAAGGGCGAAGGUGGAGGAGAAAAAGAUAGAGGAGAAGGUGGAGAAGAAGAAGAAGAGCGCUGAAGAAAAAAAGUCCAACGAUGGGAAGGUGAAGAAAAGCGUCGAGGUCGAGAGGAAAUCCGAAAGGACGAGAGUGGCGACGGAUGAGAAAAAAGCCAAGAGCGUGACGGAGGUGGAGAAGAAGGAGAACAAGAGGGAGGCGGAAGCAGAGAAGAAGAGCAGAGCCGACGAGACGGCAGCAAAAAGAAAAGAAGAGGUGAAGAAGGAGGAGGAAGAAAAGCCAAAAAAGGAGGAAAAGGCAGAAAAAUCCAAAUCGCAAGAGAAGAAGGGCGAGAAAAAUCCUGAUGCCAACGAGAAGGGAGGACAGGGGAGUAGCGGCGAGGAGAAGAAGAGCGACGGCGCGAACAGAACUGAGACAUCGAUGGAGGUGGAGAGGAAGAGCAGUGAAGGAGAAAGUAAACCGGAGGCGGAGCAGCAGAGGAAGAGCUCGACGGUGACGUUGACAGACUCGACGCUGCACCGGAUCCACGGAGACAUCCGGAUUUCUCUGAAGAACGACAAUCCUGACAUCAGGAAGUGUCUGACAGCGCUGGAUCAGCUCAGUAUGGUCUAUGUGACCUCCCAACAUGUCCAGAGACACAGCGAGCUCGUCGCCACGCUCAGGAAGAUGCGUUACUAUCGGGCGAACCAGGACAUCAUGGACAAAGCGUCGAUGCUCUACAACCGCUUCAAGAACGCCUUCCUGGUGGGGGAGGGGGAGGAGGUGGUGAGCGCUGCCUUCCUGCGCUCGCUGCUGGAGGAGAAGGAGCAGGAGGAGGCGCAGAGGGUGGAGCGCUGCAGGGAGGGGCUGAGCAGGGAGGAGCUGCUGCAGGAGGUGAAGAGGCGCAUGGGGCAGGUGAAGGAGAAGAGGAGGGCCGAUGGGGGAGAGGAGGAGGAGGAGGACGAUAAAGCUGGAGCUCCAGUGGACUCUUCCUGAAGGCUCCUUGUUACUGGAAACUGCUGAUCUGGGCUGAACCAACUCAAAUCUUCUAUGGGGGGACCUGAACCGACACCUCCUCCUUCACACACACAUACACCUAGUGAUGAUGGGAUCUUCAUAAACCACUUACCUCAUUGCACACGCUCAGUGGCGUGUUUACCUGUCCGUUUAUUUCCUCACAGUGUGGGCUGUCCCACCUGAGCAGGUGCGCAGUGUUCCUCCUGGAGCUUGUGCUUAUCCUGCCUUAUUAAGUUAUUAAGUGUUUUGGUGCAGUUGGUUUCAUUUUAAAUGGAUGUUUAUCUUUCUUCCACGUUGAUGAAGAGAGCAUUAAAGUCUAAUUCACAUGUGAGCAUUACACACCUGAGCAUUAAAUUGUACCUGAUGUUUAAGCUGACCGCCCUCUCUGUAAGCUCUGACAGGUGAGAGUUUCUUUUUCAGCACCUAGCUGACACGACUCUGACUCUGUCAUCCGUUGUGAUGGAUUAUUGCUAUGAUGUGUAAUUUUUCUAAAACACCUCAGUGACGUGAGGUCCUCACAUACCUGCAGUUUAAUUUUUUUUAUUUAUAAACUCAGAAAUGUGAGAGAAGUUGAAGCUAAAGUCUCCUGACACGUUUGUCCUGUUUUUUUAUUUUAUUUUAUUAAAUUCUAAAGUGAAGCAUUAAAGCUCGACAGGCAGCAGGUCCACAAACUGUUAUGGCUGCUUUUUGGUUUUUGUAAACCCUUUUAUGACUUUUAUUGUGAUUCAGUGAUGUGUUUUUAUUAUUCCUGUGAUGUUAGCUUUUAU